AUGAGAGGGUGGCGGGGAGAGGUCAGGCCCCCAAGGGCACCGCUAGCGCCAGCGUGAGCAGGGGCUCAGUGUACCCUCUACCUGGUCCCUUCCACCCGCCAGCAUCAGCAGCAGGUGCUCCAGGCCGUAGAGCGUGCCAAGCAGGUCACCGUGGGGGAACUGAACAGCCUCAUUGGGCAGCAGCAGCUCCAGCCGCUGUCCCACCACGCACCCCCUGUGCCCCUCACCCCCCGCCCAGCCGGGCUGGUGGGUGGCAGUGCUACAGGGCUGCUCGCCCUGUCCGGAGCCCUGGCUGCCCAGGCUCAGCUGGCUGCGGCUGUCAAGGAGGACCGUGCGGGCGUGGAGGCCGAGGGGUCCAGAGUGGAGAGAGCCCCGAGCAGGGUAAGUGAGUGUCGCCCUGGGACUCUCUUUAUAUUCUUGGGAGGCCGACGCU